UCAAAUCGUCAACGUUGCCGGUCGCUCAGCUUUUCCAGCUGGUUGUCAACUGCGCGUGCGAUUCUAACGUGAACAACUGUGCUAAAAAUCCAAAUAAAAAACCAAAUCAAUUAUUUACAAAAAUAUCCAAACAAUCCCAGUGCAACAGAUAAAUUUAACUUUAUAUAUGUGCAUAUACUAUAUAAUACAUAUAUAUUUAUAUAUAUAUAUAAUAAUUGCGCACUAAGCCAAAGAAAGCCUUUCAGUGCAAAGUUCUAAAAAGCAACUGCGCACACUAAAGAAAAACAACAACAACAAAAAAAAAAUCUAUAAGCGAUAUUUACAUACAUCGUAUACUAUAUGCAUAAGAAAAAUAAUCGUUCAAGUGUUUCAAAUAAGUAGCGACAAUUGUGCCAAGUGUCGCGUGUGUGUGUGUGUGUGUGUGUGUCUGUUUGUCUUUGUGUGCGUGAUUAAAUAGUUAACACAUGAACAGAUAACUGGCAUUACACACAUAAAUAUAUAUAAAUAUUACUGUAUAUUAAUCUAAUGUAUAUGUAUCAGAUAUAUGAUCUAUAACAAAUGCAAACGGCAUCGCCAAAGUUACGGAUAUAAUUUCACAACGUUUAAUUUUAAUUAUAAUUAUUUCUACAACAACAAAACUACAAUAUUCACAAAGCGUUUGCGAAUUAGAAAAGGCAACACUAGCUUCAAAAGGUCUCCUGAAAAAAAAAACAGUGUGAACAGUUGCCCAAAGUUUCUAUUGCACUGCAGCAAAUACAAUCACGCCAAUCACAAGGACGUGGCCACUUAGAGUGUCAAAAACAACAAUAACAACAACAACACUAACUGAAAAACCAACUGAAAAGGAAGCAGUAAUUGAACCAGUGUUAAAAGCCAGUGCAUAAUGGCGACCGAUUCAAACGCGUGCGCCGGUUUCUUUGUACAGGAGCAAGCGAAUGCGACGCUCUCGCAAUAUUUUCAGCAGCUCAACUCGCAUGUGGCAGCGGCUGUUGCCAGCAGCAACAAUAAGAGCUCCAGCGGCAGCAGCAACAGCAGCAGCAGCAGCAACAACAACAACAACAACAGCAACAACUUCACUAACAACGGCAACAACAUCAGCAGCGGCAACAGCGACAGCGGCAACGAUGGCAGCAUGACAGGCUCAACAGCAACAUUGGACAACCAUCGCAGCAGCGUCAGCAGCAAUGAUUCCGGCAAGAGCAGCAGCACCGGCGGGGGCGAUGGCGCCGGGGGUGGCGGAGGCGGUGGCUCCUCGUCGGCAGCAGCAGCAAAUGCUUGGAACUUGCAGCAACAGCAGCAGCAGCAACAACAGCAGCUGCAACAGCAGCAUCAUGCACAGCAGCAACAGCAGCUGCAGCAGCAUCAUGCACAGCAGCAACAGCAUCAUGCACAGCAGCAACAUCAUCAGCAUGCACAUCAGCAGCAACAGCAACAGCAACAGCAGCAUCCGCAUCAGCAUCAUCCACAUGCACACAAUCCGCUUCUACAUCCACAUCAUCCGCAUCAGCAACAACAACAACAGCAGCAGCAGCAACACCAACACCUGCAUCAGCAGCAGCAGCAACAUCAUGCCGCUCAGCUGGCCCACACGCUCUCCUCGGCAGCAGCUGUGGCCGCGGCUGCCUCCAACACCAACACCCACUCGAUCUUUGGCACCGGCAACUUCCACUACAAGACGAACAACUCAUGGACGCUGCCAACGCUCAACUAUCAGCGCAUCUAUCAGGAAAACACGCACUAUCAUCAGCGCAACAGUUUCAUGGACAGCCAGGGCCCGGUUGUCGGUGCUGUCAAUGAGGCCGCUGCAGCAGCAGCAACUGCUGUUGCCGCGGCUGCUGCUGCCGCCAGUGCCGCCGCAGCAGCAGCGAGUGUCAACGGCAACAACAAUGCGGCAGCAAAUGGCAAUAACAAUGCUUGCGCAAAUCCCAGUGACAACAACAGCAACAGUAACAACAACAACAACAACAACAACAGCAACAACAACAGCAGCAGCAACAACAACAGCAACAACAACAGCAACAACAACAACAGCAACAAUAACAACAACAGCAGCAACGUCUCCACAGUGCAACAUGUGGCAACUGCAGUAGCCGCAGCAGUCAUCGCCAACGAGCAUCAGAAUAAUUUGAACAGCUUAAAGGCGCGCUUUCAGCCAACCAGCUCAGGCAGGAAAUCUCCAUUUUUGGGUUUCAUUUGCAAAGCAAACGGCAAAUCCACAUCGAAUAGCAAAGAAAUCAUCUGCCCGGAUGAUAAAUACAAAGAGGAGGGCGACAUUUGGAAUGUUGAGGCCCAAACGGCAUUUCUCGGCCCAAAUUUGUGGGACAAAACCUUGCCCUACGAUGCUGACCUCAAGGUAACACAAUAUGCGGACCUGGACGAGUUCUUGUCGGAGAACAACAUACCCGACAGCCUGCCCGGCACCCAUUUGGGGCACGCCGGCGGCCUCGGCCAUCGAUCCGAUUCACUGAGCCAUGCGGCGGGUCUGUCGCUGGGCCUGGGGCACAUAACCACGAAACGGGAGCGAUCGCCAUCGCCAUCGGAUUGCAUAAGUCCCGAUACGCUAAAUCCGCCAUCGCCGGCCGAAUCAACAUUUUCAUUCGCAUCGUCGGGGCGUGACUUUGAUCCGCGCACCAGAGCAUUCUCCGAUGAAGAGCUCAAACCGCAGCCGAUGAUUAAAAAGUCACGCAAACAAUUUGUUCCAGAUGAGCUCAAGGACGACAAGUACUGGGCCCGCAGACGAAAGAACAAUAUUGCCGCCAAGAGGUCGAGGGAUGCGCGCCGCCAAAAGGAGAAUCAGAUUGCGAUGCGUGCUCGCUACUUGGAGAAGGAAAAUGCCACGUUACAUCAGGAGGUCGAGCAGCUGAAACAGGAGAACAUGGACUUGCGUGCACGUCUAUCGAAAUUCCAGGAUGUGUAAUAUAGAAAUGUGACUUGAGCGAUACGAGUAACCACAUCAACCAUUACAUUUUAAUGAUAAUGAUAAUAAUUCAGUUAUCGAUAAUUGAUAAAUGAUAAAUACUAAUAAUUUUUAGUAAACAGACAUGAAAGAAAAUACACUACAAAAACUACACAUAUAUGCAAUAUAUAUAAAUUUAUAUAUAUGUAAUUAAACAAGUUAUAUAUGUAUGAUAA